AUGGGUGUCAUUAUUGUGCUUGCAAAACGUUUUGAUGCUCUAAUUGGGCCUGGAGUUAUGCUUCUCUACCCUCUGUAUGCAUCAUUACGAGCAAUAGAGAGUCCAACGAUGUUAGAUGAUCAACAAUGGCUAACAUACUGGAUUAUUUACUCCUUCAUGACAAUAUUCGAACUAUCCGUUUGGAGAAUCCUUGUCUGGCUACCAUUUUGGCCGUACUUGAAGCUUUUGUUCUGUAUGUGGUUGGUGUUACCAAUGUUCAGUGGUGCAGCUUACAUUUACUCCAAUUUUGUGAGGAAAUACGUUAGAAUUGGAAUGGAUGUUGGAGGAGGAACGGUUUACACCGAUGAACAGAGAAGAGUUUUACAGAUGAUGAGUCUUGAUGCUAGAAAAUCGGUUCAAGAUUACGUUGACCGGUUUGGAUGGGAUUCUGUUGAGAAAGCAAUCAAAGCGGCUGAAAGAGAGACAAAGAAGCAUUGA